UACUUGGGUUGACCUGAUGAAAACAAACACAUACGAGGCUGACGGGAAGCGUCGUCUUUUCUUAAAACGCAACGUUCUCCGGAUUGUUAAAGAUUCCACUAAGCCCACUUGUCAGUGGCGACAGUGUAGCCGGAUGUCCGGCACAGGCAUCAAAAGCUGUCAGGAAUGCUGAGUGAGUACCGGGCUGGCAGGAUCCUUCCAGCGGCCGCUGGUACUGAACUUCAUUACUUGUGGUAUCCUUGUGUUAAUCGGCUGGGGGACGACACGAGCUACAGGCAGGGUUUCCAUCCACUAUGGAGGCUGAUCUAAAUCUGCAGGAUAGGAAGGACCUGGACAAAUUUAUCAAGUUUUUUGCUCUAAAGACUGUACAGGUCAUUGUUCAGGCUCGACUUGGAGAGAAGAUUUGUACCAGGUCAUCUUCCUCCCCCACAGGAUCAGACUGGUUCAAUUUAGCAAUAAAAGAUAUCCCAGAAGUGACCCAUGAAGCCAAAAAAGCGCUGUCUGGUCAGCUGCCUGGCAUUGGAAGGUCAAUGUGUGUGGAAGUCUCUCUUAAAACUUCAGAGGGUGAUUCCAUGGAACUGGAAACAUGGUGUUUGGAGGUGAAUGAGAAGUGUGACAGAGAUAUCAAAGUGUCAUACACAGUGUACAACAGGCUAUCUUUACUUCUCAAGUCUUUGCUUGCCAUUACCCGAGUUACCCCUGCAUACAAGCUGUCAAGAAAGCAGGGACAUGACUAUGUUAUUCUUUACAGGAUUUACUUUGGAGAAGUACAGCUAGCAGUGCUUGGUGAGGGUUUCCAAACUGUACGGGUUGGAGUAGUUGGGACACCAAUUGGGACCAUCACCUUGUCCUGUGCAUAUAGAACUAAUCUUGCCUUCAUGUCAACCAGGCAAUUUGAGCGUGGUGCACCAAUCAUGGGAAUUAUUGUUGAUCACUUUGUAGACCGGCCCUUUGUCACUGUAGGACCAAUGCACCCCUGUACCUACAGGACCCCAGCAGGAGAUGAAGUCCUGGAGUAUCCUGGUGUUGAGGACUCACAGGAAGUGUGUACAACAUCAUUCUCUACCUCUCCUCCAUCACAGUGUGUGUUCUCUGUUACUAAGACACAGUUACAGAACCCCAAACCUGCUGUGAUGGACACUCUGAAGGUCCCCAUGAUGGGGUUGGCUUUUUCACACCAACUGUGUAGCUCUCGUCUCUCCUAUCAGCCCCCAACACUUGGAUCAACGGACCUUUUAUGUCCUGCCGUGUUAAAUGCCACUCAUCUACACCAGAUUGUGAAUCAAGGCAAAGAUGGUGGAGUUCCACUUGGUCCUGUGCAACUACCCCAUGGUACACCUGCUGACCACGGAAAAAUCUCAACAUGCAAUACUGCUGAUACGACUCAACAUGUACCAGCAACACCCUCCAGCAGUGGUGAAGAAACAGAAGCAAUGACUCGGAGCAAUGACACAAAGAGCAGCUCUCCCACUGAUGCCUUAGAAGCAACCUUCAUAAGAAAAGUAGGGGCACUUGUCAACAAACCUACCACUCAGGUCACUACAGCCAGUUUGGACCUUCCCUUUGCUGCAUUUGCACCAAAGAAAUUUGACUUGGAGGAGAAUGACAUCAUGCUCCACCCCAAUGAUUCUCCACCUCCAGCGUCCCCACUUCAGGGCAGCUUGCACUCGGAUGGCUCCAGUGGCAGCAGCGGCCAGACACAAGAUGACUUUGUAAUGGUGGACUUUAAACCUGCCUUCUCCAAGGAUGACCUCCUUCCCAUGGAUCUAGGUACCUUUUAUCGCGAGUUCCAGAAUCCACCUCAGCUGAGCAGCUUGUCUGUGGAUGUGAGUGCACAGUCAAUGGCAGAAGAUUUGGAUUCUUUACCAGAGAAGCUGGCUCUAUAUGAGAAGAAUAUUGAUGAGUUUGAUGCUUUUGUAGACACCCUUCAAUAGGAGAAACCACCCAGAUGUUCUCCUUUCACUUUUUUUCUCAUCACACAUCAUGAAUCUUUCUUGCUUGUUUAGUCAUAAAAAUUGUCUCUUUAGCCAGGCAGAACUGUCUGAACUAAACAGCUAUGUAAUCCUUAGCAGUAUGUGACUGCCUGCUGAAGACUGUUGCACGUUCUUGUGUGGAACCAAGUAAGAAGAUUGCAUUUCAAAACCUCUUGUUCAUUCUGCUGUGCAGGAGGACUUCCAAGGACAUCCAGUAAAUGUUUCACCCUUAAGUGGAACUUUUUUGCAAAGCAGAUGGACAGAGUUGUGGUCAUAAAAUACCUUUUUUUUUUUUUUUUCUUAGUUGGCAAUGAGCUGCCUAGUUUUCUUCACGCAAGUGAGCCUGUCCUUCUCCUGGUGACUUAGUGACUCUGCUCUGUGAGACAGUAAAGUGCCAGUUUGUAUAAGAAGUAUAUUUUGCCAGUUUUCCACAAUGUCCUCCCUAAUGCCAGACAUUCAACCAACAUCCAAUUCAGCCUUAGAAAACUUUCAUAUCAGAUACUGAAUGGAUAAAAAGUGAGGUGCAUAAUUCUAAGGCACUCCAGAUAAAUUCCACAGAUAAUGUAUAGUCCCAUUUUUAUUUGUCCUCUGCGUGCUGUGGUUGGCUGGUUGGUUAUCCUCAACAAAUGAGACAAACAGGACAUCUGUGUUUCUUGUCUACUGCAAACCUCAAAAAUGGUUAAGAAUAAAUUGGAUAUUAAUUUUGA